UGGUAUUCUCCCCUCAGGUAUAGAGUGACUGUUUUAGCAAAAGAGUUUGCCUCAUCAGUCUCCGGUGAACUUAUUACCUCUGAGAUCGCUGGGGCAUUGUGGGAGUGGCCACCCGCCGUCUGUGGGGGUCACACAGACGAGGAGUCGUUGGACCGGGUCAAAGUUUGGUGCACAGAGAGUUACACCAAGUUCGUAGAAAUGGCCAUGAAAUCAGAAGAAACGGGGGUGUUUGUUCAACAGUCAGUUUUUUACUUUAAAAACAAAGUUGAAGAUGGUCCCGAGCAGAUGGAAAAGAUGAAUGAACUUCGUUACUUGCCAGGAUUUGAACACAACUGCAGACUUAUUAAGGAGACUUGUGAGUAUAUUCUAAAACUUCUGGAGCAUAUUAUACUGAUCUAAAUCUGCUCUAGUAGCAGUGCGCAGUGAGCCAAGAGGAUUAAAUGGAUUAUCACGUGACAGCUCGUCCAUAUAUAUACCUUCCACCGCAGAUAUAAGUCAGUUAAGGACGUGAUAUUGCACACGUUUCUAGACAAGCGGCAGUGUUUAAUUGAGAUAACUCUGACCUUUUAAUUUAUACUUGUAUCAUGAUAUGCACCAAAGUCAAUUGGCCAUCUGCAUGUAGCCUGUGAACAGGCUCUCUGUUUGGGGAAAAAAUAUAAAGGCCUGUUCACAGGCUAAUCUGCAUGUCAUUAUCAAAUGGCUGUAUAACGCGCGGAUUCAGAUCUAUGUAGCCUGCGCGCAGACGAAAUUAAACUCUGGUUAACUAAUCAGAGUUUAGUUAUCGUCUGUACGCAGGCUAGAUCUAUGUAGCUCGCGCCACUGUUUUGAGCCUAUUGUUUCGUUGAAAGAUAGCCACAUGUUGAUAUAGCUCGUUUUAUGCUUGUCUCGCCCGCCACAGUUGCUUUUAUAUAGAGCUGAUAUUGAUCAUAACUUUUCUUUAAUGACAUAAGCUGAAUUAACGGAAGCUUCGUUUUAUAAUCAGUGAUAUCAAGUAAUGUCACUGGCACAUAUUCUAUAACAAAUCGUGGGUUUAUAUCAUAUGGCAGGCAAACUGAUUUUAAUCGAAUCGACAAAAUGAUUUACCGAACUGGGAGUGAACUCACGCAGUACACCGGAGUUUCUACCUGCUUUUAUCAUUCAGUUGAAACUGAUUGGAGCCAUGAAUGGCUGCACCUAAGUGGCAAAACAAUCAGCCAAUCUUAAGAUUUUGUUUUCUCUUUUCAGCUGUAAGCCUGGACACAGGAGUGGUUGAUGCCUACCAACACAUGGCGCCAAUGGUUGAUACAGUCACAUUCUUGCAGUGGAUUUAUAACCAGUGCCAAGAUAAGGGCUGUCGUUUUGUACAAGAUGAGAUUCAUGGGCUGUUAUCUGAUCAGGCCGAAUACUUGGAGGACAAAUACAAAGCCCGACUCAUUAUUAACUGCUCUGGACUCAGUUCUAUAGAACUAGCUGGCGAUAAUGAGGUCUACCCUUCAAGGGGUUAGAAAAGAAAAUGUUACGUUAAAGUCAUCUUAUCGGAAAAGUUUUGUGUUCUCUCGGGGUAGGAUUAAAAAAUGUGUCAUUUAUGAGUAUAGUAAUGAUACAAAAACACAUUAAAUUCACGCAACAAGAAUGUGUCUUCAUUAUGUUCGUUGAAAUCGUCAAACCUGGCAAAAAGUGAGUCACUGUUUGACAGUCUGACCACUUCAAGGGAAUGCUGCUUAUAUGGGUUCACUCAAUGAUCACACUACUUAAUCAGGUUGAAAACACUGUUUUAACCCCUCCCCUUCGUGUACCGGGAUGAUAAAAACUGAGAUCAACGCAAGAACAACCUUAGUUAGUGUUACUGUAUUAACAGUAUUAGUUGCCCUGACUAGCGAUCUUUCUCAUUCUUAGGUGCGAUCCUUAAAGUCCGCAACGAUGGGAGUUUGAUGCCAAAGUUAACGCAUUCCAUGAGCCUCUCUGUUGUUAACAAAAUCCAGGAUAUUGCACAGGAAGACCAAGAUUUGAUCUACAUCUUACCUAGAAACGACGAUAAACUUUGGCUUGGUGGCCUUGUGCAACCCAAUCAGUGGGAUAAGGAUCUUACUAUGGAUUCUCCAUCAGUCAGAAGAAUGUUUGACAAUGUCAAAGAGUUCUACCCUCCGCUGGGUAACUAUGGAGAUGAUGACGUUGAAGAAGUGCUGAUAGGACUCCGACCUGCUCGUAAAGGUGGCAAUAUUCGUUUAGAAUGGGAUGCUGUCUCGCCUUCUGUUCUACACAACUAUGGACACGGGGGUGCUGGGGUGACUCUCUCCUGGGGGUGUGCUAACGAAGUGUGCGCCAUGGUGGACCACGCCUUAAAAAGGCAUAAAUUGAUUUAUAUCUCAAAGCUGUAA